UGGCCGUGGAGGCGUUUGCUUCGCUGUUUUCCUAAUGUUGUAGAAUUUAUUUUUGGUUUUCAUGAUGAAAUCGUUUACUAAGUUUGUAUCAGAAUAUUGUAAAACUUGGGACAAAUCAGGAAAAGAACAAUUUAUCAAAGCUGUGACACAAUCUAUAAAAGAUGAAGAAAAGAGUCCAUUGUUGACAAAGUCUGGAAAGCUAUCAGGAUUGUCUGAGAAUAUUUACGACCUACUGCUUUGCGGGCUGCGCGGGGCGCUGAAGAGAGAUGCUGUUCUGUCUGCACUCCAAGAAAUAUGUGCUCUACAUGCAGAUAUACCGUCUAUAGUUCUCGACGUGGUUUGUACUGAUGCAGAGACAUGUACAGACAUACAGAGUGAGGAGCGCUCCAACUUCUGCUAUAUUGUGAGGGAAUUAGAAUCAUUUAUAUCUGAAAAACUUUUGAAGGAAAGGCUGGAAAUUGAUACCCUACAGGAUGUUGGUACAUUGAAGAACAAAAACUUUUACACCAAAUUUAUCAAAAUCAAGACAAAGUUGUAUUAUAAACAACGUAAAUUUAAUUUAUUCAGAGAAGAGAGUGAAGGAUAUGCGAAAUUAAUUGUAGAGUUAAAUCAAGAAGUUACAGAAGAAACAGAAUGGAAAGGAUUAUUAGAAAUCAUUCAAUCACUUAUAGGUUGUUUCAAUUUGGAUCCAAACAGAGUAUUAGACAUAAUACUAGAGUCUUUCGAGGCUCGUCCCCACCUAGACUCGCUAUUCAUAUCCUUAAUCAAGAACUACAUGGGUGACCCGCAAGUUAUAUCAGAAGUUUUAGGAUUCAAGCUGGGCAAUAUGGAAGUGUUAGAAAAGUAUGAUGAACCGCCGCCCCUCAUGACAGUUAUAGCACUGUUGUUGCAACAUCAAGUUAUAGCUUUGGACAACAUCUAUCCUUGGUUACGCCCUGAUGAUACGAUAAUGGCCAAAGAAGCGGAUAAGGAAUUUAAAGCCGUACAGGAGUACAUUCGCAAGAUCAACAUUGUGUCCACUAAAGGACCACAGGCCAAUGCCCCCACGGAAUUUGUUGAAGAUAAAUCUGAUCCACAGGAUUAUUGGGGCAACCAGAAGCUGGUACUGAGCGAGGCGCUCUUGCUAGUGAACGCGUGGCGCGAGUUCGCGGCGCUGGCGGCGCGGCUGCCCGGCGCCGGCCUCGCCGAGCGGCCCGCGAGGGCGCUGGCCCGCAUGCUGCACGCGUUAGUGGAACCGCUCUACAGGAAACAUUGCCGAGUCGCUCCAAAGAUCAUGGGCACGCCUAUCCCGCCGCUGACGUCCCCGCUGGCGCCGCCCGCGUGCGCCACGUUCGAGGAUCUGAAGGAGACCGUCAUCCCGGCACUCAUCCUGUUGGGGCCUUCGCUGCAUUAUGACCCCAUUUUGAUGUACAAAGUAAUACGUAUACUGCGAACGUCGCGUUCGCUCAAAGAAGAUCCCCUGCAACAUGAAGCCCUCACUGUGCUCGAUGCCGCCAUCUUGCCCUCGCUCACGCUCAUGGAAGGCAAUUGUUGCAUGGCAGAAGAAGUUUACACCCUGCUCAAACUUUAUCCAUAUCAAUGCAGAUACUGCCUCUACUCUCGCUGGAAGAACGAAUCAGGCGAGCGUCUACCAGCGCUACUCCGCGUUCGAGGCAACUCGCUCCAGCGCAUCAAGCACAUCAUGAAGCGAGUCUCAAAGGAGAACAUCAAACCCCAAGGCCGCCUUAUCGGCAAGCUGUCUCACGCCGCGCCACAGUUCCUCUUCGACUACAUGCUACUGCAGAUCCAAACAUACGACAACCUGAUCGGUCCCGUAGUGGAGUCUCUGAAGUACUUAACCGCCCUGUCUCUGGACGUGCUCGGCUACUGUCUGCUUGAGGCGCUGGUCGCCUGCCGCGCCAUGAGAGGGGCGGCUUAUCCGCCGUGGCUGCAAGCGUUAGCUGCCUUCGCUGGUGCCGCAUUCAAAAAACACAACAUUGAGCUGACUGCCUUGCUUCAAUUUGUGGCCAACCGACUCAAAGCACACCAGAGCCAAGACCUGCUUAUAUUGAAAGAAAUAGUACAAAAGAUGGCUGGCAUAGAGGCUGCUGAAGAAAUGACAGCCGAACAAUUAGAUGCUAUGGCCGGAGGCGAACUACUGAAAGGAGAGGCUGGAUACUUCUCUCAAGUGCGCAACACUAGGAGGUCAUCGGCGCGGUUAAAAGAGGCCAUCGUUGGCAACAACCUUGACAUAUCACUCUGCAUACUGGCCGCUCAACAACGCCACUGUUGUGUAUGGAAAGUUUUAGAUAUCGAUGAGGAUAUAUCAAGCGGUGAGCCCCCCGGGUCGCAGCUGAAGGUGGUGGGGCGCCUGGCGGACCAGUGCCAGGACGCGCUGGUGCAGCUCGGCACCUUCCUCGCCUCCUCGCACGCGCCCGACGAGUACGCGGCCAGGCUGCCGCCGCUGCAGGAACUCCUCCGUGAUUACCACGUGGACGCCGACGUCGCGUUCUUCCUCCACCGACCAGUGUUAGCACAGAAAGUCGCCGCCAAAGUCGAGCUGCUCCGCAAAAGUUCCGACAGCAAAACCACUAGCCCCGAGAUGGCGCUGGAGAGAUACAGCGUCGCAUCUAAAGAGGCUUUGGAACCAGUAGUUCAGGCCAUCACACCUCUGCUGCCUCUGAGGACCUGGGAGGACAUUUCACCAGAGUUCUACGUCACGUUUUGGUCUCUGUCGAUGUACGAUCUAAAAGUCCCCGAAGACUGUUACGACCGAGAGAUAGAACGUUUAAAGGCCGCCGCAGCCGCCGCCGCCAAGGAUUCCUCGCAGGGAACCAAGGGCAAAAAAGAGCAGGAGCGGUUCAACACGCUUAUAGAUAAACUGCAGGAGGAGCGUGUCCGUCAGCAGGCGCACGUGGCGCGCGUGGCGGCGCGUCUAGCUCGCGAGUGCGCCGGCUGGUUCCCCGCGCGCGCGGUCAAGUCCGCCAAGAACGAGACGGUCACGCGGCUCAUGCAGCUGUGCCUGUUCCCGCGCUGCGUGUUCACGCCGGCCGACGCGCUCUUCUGCGCCGAGUUUGUGCACACUGUACACGCUCUCAAGACGCCCAACUUCUCCACGCUGCUGUGCUAUGACCGGUUAUUCUGCGACAUCACGUACUCGGUAAUGUCAUGCACGGAAGGCGAAGCGGCGCGCUACGCUCUAUUCCUGUGUCGCGUGCUCGGCACGGCUAUGCGCUGGCACGCAGACAAGGCCACCUUCCACAAGGAGUGCGCGCAUUACCCCGGCUUCGUCACCAAGUACCGCGUGUCCAACCAGUUCACCGAGGCCAACGACCACGUGGGUUACGAGAACUACAGACACGUGUGCCACAAGUGGCACUAUAAGAUUACGAAGGCGAUGGUGGUGUGCCUGGAGUCGGGCGACUACGUGCAGAUCCGCAACGCGCUCAUCGUGCUCAUCCGCGUGCUGCCGCGCUUCCCCGUGCUCGCCAAGCUGGCGCAGAUCAUCGAGAAGAAGGUUGAGAAGGUGAGAGAAGAAGAAAAGACACAGAGGCAGGACCUGUACGUUCUGGCGACGGGCUACAGCGGUCAGCUGCGGAAUCGCAUGUCCAGCAUGAUGAGGGAGAGCGAGUUCCAUCAGGUGGUGCAGCUGCAGAGCAGCGACAAGCACAAGGCCGCGCCUGCGCCCGCGCAUGCAGCCGCGCCCGCGCCCGCGCCGCGCGACGACGCGCACGAGGCGGAGCCGGCGGCGCACGCGCAGGAUUCAGAUAAACGAGAAUCCCGCACGAGCGACCGGCGCCGAGAGGAAUCCGAGCGUGACAAAGAAUCCAAACGCGAAGCACGAGUGACCUCUAAAGAAAGAGCCAAAGAAGAAAUAAGAAGCAAAGAAAGAUCACCCAGAGAACGUCAACACAGAGAGGAGCGGUACCUGGAGAGCGUGUCGCCGCCGCACGACCAUCGCCAUCCGCCCGAUGACAUCGAUCGAGAUGUGAAACGGCGUAAAGUUGAAAGCAGCAAUAACGGCAAGGGCAAAGAGAUUGAGGAACGAUCACCCGAGAAGGAAAAGCGAAAGACAAAAGUGAGAGGUGAUGAGCGUAAAGAACGUAAGAUGAGCCGCAAAAGGGAUAGAGCUGAUGAGUCAGCAAUUUUAGAACAGAAAAGACGGCGCGACGAACAAAAAGCUGUUUUAAAGAUGGGAGGCCACCAAAACGGAUCUCAGGAAGAUCAUCACUACGAGAAAUAUCAUAAACGGGAAAAGUCGCCGUUCAGGGAUCGCUCGCAUGAAGAACCAAGAGAUAAACAGCGGUCUAACGAGUCAAAAAUGAGAAGAUAAGAAGAAAGAAGAACAUGCGUGGCUCCUGAGUUUAGUGAUAAUUCAAAUAGUCGAAUUAAGAAAGUACAUUGCAUGAAAAGUGCAAUAAAAUAUGUUUCUUGACAUCUAAAA